AUGGUCGGCCUCGCGACGUUCACGAUCGUCUCCAACGCGGACGUCCCGCUGUACGAGGCGAACCUGGGUCAGACCCCGAAGCGGGAGGACGCGGCGCACCUCCAGGAGUUCGUCGCGCACGCCGCGCUCGACGUCGUCGACGAGCGGCGAUGGGAGACGCCGCAGACGAACCUCAAGCUCGUGGACCGGUUCAACGAUCUGCUCGUGUACGCGCACGUCACCGCGGGGGGGACGCGGUUCGUGCUCUUGCACGACGCGCGGAACGAGGAGAGCGUGCGCGCGUUCUUCGCGGAAGCGCACGAGCUCUACGUCAAGGCGGCGUUGAAUCCGUUCCACGACGCGGACUCGCCCAUCGAGUGCGCCGCGUUCGACGACCGCGUCAGGGCGCUGGGACGGAAAUACUUUCCGUAA